AUGGCAUCUACUACCGCUGAUCGAAAGAAGCAAACGGCUACCAAAGACGACGACAUGGAGGCCAAGGCCAUGGCUAACGACGGUGACACUACGACAAACAGAGAGCGCAUCGAAAUAGCAAGCGGCAGAGGAGUGUCUGACGAUGGGACUGAUGCGAAUCACGCUACUAGUGUGAGGUCCUCGUUUGCCAAAAAGUCUCUGGCCGGAUCUCACCCGGUCAUGGCGGCCAUGGCAGAGAAUGCUACUGCUGUGAAUAAUAGACCGGACAAGGUUGCCACAGAAACACCACCCUCGCUUCCAGGAGCAUAUGCAACCCCUCCGACGCACUAUCGUCCACCAAGAGCUCGGGAAGAUUCUUUUCUAUCAUCGUCACUGGUGGCUGGCAUUCAAGAAUUGCCCAGCACACCCCAGCAGUUUCGUCGGCCGUCGUCGCCCGGAGCCUACCUAGAUGUGCCCGGAUUGACGCUGCAGCGUACCCCAGAGCUCAAUUACGAAGUCAUGAGUCAAUGCAGUGACAACCAGAGUCUUCCGUCGGCACCGCAUCACGAAGUAGACAUUUCCUCUUGCGCCGACGUUACUGCGACAGAGCUCGUGGAGGCCAGUGUCGUAUCGGACAACGACGACGUCAGUUCCCAAGAUUUGCCCGCCGCAAGUCUCUUUGAUAUCGAAGCGGCCCAACGGCGACAGCAAAAACGAGAAACCAAGAGUCGCUUCUACUACAUUAUGUCGUUGGUUCUGGGAUGCCUCGUGCACCGACUGUACUAG